AGUGUUUAAAUGUAAAUUUUAUCCGUGAAAAUAUAUCGCGAGUGUCUUUUGUAAAGUCUUGGACAUUGUUGAUAAAGCGUGAUUUAAACACUGUGAGAUAAUUAUAAAAAAUCUACAUAAAGAUGUUAUAUCCAGCGAUUAUCUAUGCUUCUUUCUAUCGUGAUAAAGGAUUCGUGGCAGGGAGCAACAAUUAAAGAAUUGUGAUGAAAAAGCCGCAUUAAGAAGAAGGUGAGAAGAAAUGAAGGCGCAGUAAGUGCUGUGAGGUUCGUUAAAAUCCUGAAAUCGAGAAAGUCGCCGCAUUCACGGAAUUUAUCACCAAGAUCAGCAAUGAUCUGUCUUCGUAUCAAGCCGAGAUCAAACGAGAUUCGAUUGUCACACGAUCGAGAGAAAGGAAGAUCUACUGGACGAACGCGUCAUCGUCGCCUGGGGCGAUCCUGAAAGGAUAUUGCUUCUUAAUCACAAAGAGCAACGAAACAUGAUGAAAUAUCGACGUUGAUCCAGCAAAGUAAGCGUAUCUCGCCGGAGGAAAAUGAAAGAAGUAGUGGGUUCUUCUUUGUUGACGUUCACCAUCCUACCUGGUGACCGUCUCCCACCUGACGGAUCGCGAGAACUCUUCCCGCGCCCGGAGAAGUAAAACUCUCGAACGUUUUCCGAUCUCCAACAGUCCCGAAUCCGUCCUCGUCGACGUGUGAACUCGUUAAAGCUCCACAGCUGGCAGCUGGCGCGAGAUCGGCUCAGCCUCUUUCUGAUCUCGCCUCUCUCUGGAUGCAGGAAGAAAGGAAGCGUUGGCAUUCAAUGCUGAUAUCCUACAAGGCGUGAGCAGCGUUUCUUCCGCGACAUUAGACAAGAGAUACCGAUAACAUCGGACAGGCUAAGACCGACGAUAAAACAAUAAGGGGGCGUAAUCCUCACGCUUGAACUCACAGGCGGGAUCAUUAAGAGGAAAGCGAAUCAUUUUUCUCACGAGGAUCGUCGACUGAGGCAGAUUGCUGAAAGCAAUUCAAAAUCGUCAGGGGAUUCUGAUGUACCCGUGGUAAAAUUCUCGUAGAAGAGUACAACAGGUGCUUCGCCGUAGUGUGAACAUUGUUUGAGAGCCAAGACGAGUAUUAUCCUUCACGAUGAGGCGAAGAUACUUGUGCUUUCUGUGGACUGCGUUAAUUCUGCGACUGGACACCUUCGUGACCGCCGAGGCUGAUCCUGCAAUAUUGAGUGGUCCUGACUUGCCCCAUCUUCAACAGGGUCGUUUCGUGCACGAUCCGCGGCCUCGUCUCUCGGCUUCCCAGCAAGCCCAGAUACUGAGCGACGUGCAGCAACAUCAACAACGGUAUCGGCGGCCCAUUCAGGACUCCAAAAAUGCACGGGUAUCCUUCCCUUCGUACGACCAAGCACAAACUAACACACCGUACGCCUCUCUGGCCAAGUAUAAGGUCGAUCGAACAAAGCAGCAGCAAUUGUUACACCUGCAGCAGCAGCAGCAGCAAGUCCAGCAGCUUCUACAGCAGCAACAGCAAAAAAUCGCCCAGCUCGGUGCUUCGAAUUUCGUGAACAGUCCACAAGCGCCGCAGUUCCAGCAGUAUCAGCAGCAGCAGAAGCAGCAACAGCAGCAACAGCAGCAGCAGCAGCAGCAGCAGCAGCAGCAGCAGUUCGGUAACCCGUACAACCAGAAUGGUUUCCAGAAUCUUCAUCAUCAGGAUCUGUCGCAGCCGCUGUUCACGGAUCAGCAAACGUUGCAGUUUCAGGAGUAUCUCGAGAAACAGCGCGAGCUGGAGCUGCUCACCACCACCACCACCACCACCACCACCACCACCACUAGCACGCCGCCGCCACCUCCGUCAUCCAGACGCAUAAUCAAGACUCAUCAGGAGACGGACAUCCCGGACAAUCUGCUCAGUCUAAUUCAGGACCAAGAGAGUCGAUUUGUGCAGCAGGGCAAACCGAAGCCCCAGAUCAAAGUGAUCUAUCAGACCGACAGGCCCAGCACAACGAAGCAGAACUCCGGCGCAAGAAGCAAGAACUCUCAGUCCGCUGCCGAGAGAGAACUGUUGCUGAAGCAACUCAGGCUUGCUCUGGCACAGUCUGCCGAUGACGACGACGCCGUCAGGAAUGUCACCACCCGGGAUCUCGUAUUGCCGAACGGCAAGAAGAUUCAAGUUAUUCAUGCGCCGAACGGUUUGUCCUCCAUCGUGCCAUCAGCCGGAAACACCGUUGAGACUUCGAUUCUGCCGUCUCCGACUACGACUACUAUCAAGCCGCCGAAAGCCAUCUUUGAGGAAUUGACGAAGGGCGGCGUGCUACCGCCGGGCGCCGAUUUCGAGAUCAUCCGGCAGAAGAGCGACGGUAAGCUCGAGGAAGUCGGCAAGACGCCGAUCAUUCAGAAUCUGCCGGCGAAGAAGGUUACGUUUGUCGUUCUCGAGGAGCAAGCAGACGGCAGUUACAAAGUGCAGGGUGUCAAGGGCAACGCCAAUGAUAAGGAGAGCGGCACCGAUGUCGAGUCCAUCGUCGAGAGAAUCAAGAAAGGCGAGCUGAAGCUGCCGCCCAGCUCGCUCGGACCGUCCACUCCGUCCACCACUCUGGAGCAUUUCGAGUCCAGCAUCAAUCCGAAUCUAGUGGUGUCCACUGGAACAUCCAGGACACCUCUUCACACCAUCAGCACGACAGCGUCGACCUUCAGACCAACCACCAUCAGAUCCACGUCGACCAGGCACAGUGAAAGCAGCUUUCCCUAUGUCACGGUGUCGCCAAACUCAGUGUCCACGACUGACAAGUACGUGACCUCGGCGACCAGCGUCACGGGUCACGUAUAUAACACUGUGAACACCAAUCCGACGAAGACGAGCUUGUCCGACCACAUACCGCGAGUGACGACCAAGUAUCCGUCGUCCAGCAGAAGCCCGUUUAUCCCGACGAUGGCGCCCGUGAAAGAGAUCGUGACGACGGCGAUCACACCGACGACUUUCUCGCAUCACACGACUUCUUACAGCCACUUCUCCAGACACCCGGACACCUCGUCGACGUUGAGAGUAUCGCCGCAGGGCAGCUCGCAGAGCGAGAACAUCGUUUAUCAAGAUGAGUUCGAGAGGACUACCGCAUUGCCUUCGACAGAGGAUGCCAUCGGGACUCAAAGUCCGCAGGAAAGUCUAGCCGCGUUGUUGAGAGGAGAGGGUCUCUUUGCUAUGGCGAAAUACCUGAGGCAGUCGGGAUUGGAUAACGUGUUGAACGAAACUGGUCCAUACACUAUAUUCGUCCCUACAGACAAGGCUUUCAGGACGUUAUUGGUGCAAUUGGGAGGACCAGAGAAAGCUGAGCAAAAAUUCCAUGAUAAUCCGAGACUUCUAAGUGGGCUUCUUCUUCAUCACGUCAUUCCGGGAGCCUUCAAGAUUGAGUCCCUGCAAGACGAGAUGACCGGCGUCAGUCUUGCUGGAACGCAGUUGCGAGUGAACGAGUAUGCGAUGCAGGAUCACGAAUGGAACGAUGUAAAAAUAACAACAAUAAACGGAGCGCGUGUCGCGCCUAAUAAACGGGACAUUGAGAUUCCUCAAGGUAUCGCUCAUGCCGUCGACAGGGUCAUGUUCCCUCUUCCGGUCGGAGAUUUGGUGCAAACUCUGCAAGCCGAUCGCGAGAGGAGGUUCACCAAAUUCCUUAGAAUGCUCCACGUGUCGGGCUUAGAGGACACGCUCGCAGGACCGAAGACAUUCACCAUCUUCGCACCGACCGAUUCCGCUUUCACCGAUUUAACGAAGAACGGCGCCCCAAUUUGGACCGAAGAGGACGGCCCAGAAGCGGCAAAAACGAUAAUUUCGCGACAUGUGGUUCCCACCACUCUUUACACAGCGGGAAUGAGGUAUUACAUUCAGAAGGAUACCCUCCGUCCGCAAUCACCGGUUCACAUCCACAAAAAUGGCGGACGAGUACGAGUAAAUGAGGCACACGUUGUAACGCAUAACGUGCCAGCGACGAACGGAGUGUUACAUGCUAUCGACGGUGUUUUGUAAAAUGACAAAAUGUAAUAAAUAUAAGUUAAUCGAACCACAGCAUAGGCUGCAAUCACGCAGGUGAGAUCUUAAUAUCUUCGUAAUGUUAAGUGUAUGUACAAUUUCUCGAAAAGUUGAAGAACUCGAUAUAGCAAAUAGGCAUAAAUUCCCUGCGUGAGUGCGAUGGAAUGUACGAUUAAAUUUGAUUAUAUCAAAAUGAUUAAUGUAAUCGUGCUCGCCGCAUCAUGAUUGGAUUCAGUCAUUGAUAAAUUGACACAUUAUGCCAUAGGUGUCGUAAAAUCGGAGGAAAAAAAUAACGAGACCAUUUUUAAUGUAUAUGUAUACAUAUUAAUUUAUAUAAGGUAGGCAUACAUUAGAGAUUCGUGCACUUGUGCCAUACGCACAAGAGUACGAAGAAUUAAUCGCUAUUGUAUAGAAUGGUAACGCAAUACCAUGUUUAGUAUUAUUUUGUAGUUCAUAUUUUAUAAAUAAAUGUACAGAAUUUUCAUUUUC